AUGCCGCGGGACCGGCAGCCGAGGGUCCACUCCGGGAACGAGGUUCGCCCUGCGCCCCGCAUGGAGCCCGCAGGUGGCGGGGCCUGGGCCCACUGCCGCGCCGCGUUCGACCAGCUGGAGAAUCUGCUGCGCUGCUCGCGUUGCACCAAUAUUCUGAGAGAACCCGUGUGCUUAGGAGGAUGUGAGCACAUCUUCUGUAGUGGUUGUGUAGGUGACUGUAUUGGAACCGAAUGUCCGGUGUGUUAUACCCCUGCCUGGAUACAAGAUGUGAAGAUAAACAGACAGUUGGACAGCAUGAUCCAACUUUGUAGUAAGCUUCGAAAUCUGCUACAUGACAGCAAGCUUCCAGAUAUGAAGGAAGAGACUCAGAAGACAAAUAUAUUCAGUGAUGCAGAAGACAGGAGGAAUUCGAUAAAGAUGUGGUUUAGUCCUCGAAGUAAGAAGGUCCGGUACGUUGUGAGUAAAAUGUUAGUGCGCACCCACCCUCAGGUGGUGAAUGACAAGAACGCCCAACAGGCCUCAAUGUAUGAGUUUGUUUCCACCAGCCCUCCUGUAGAGUGUUCUGGAAAAGGGAAGAAAGCUCCUGCCAAAUCAAGGAAAAAGGCAAAAAAGAAAACGUUGGCUGAAAUCAAUCACAAGUGGAGUUUAGAGGCUGAAAAAGAAAAUGGGGAAGCUGAGUCCAGUGAGGAAGCGAAGGAGAAGCAGGUGUCCUUCUGCAGCCAGCCCUCCAUCUUGGCUAGUCCUCAGGUCAUGGAGGAGAUAGAUUUACUCGCCUGUGACUCUCUUGCCAAGUCUGAAGGUCUCGAAAGCGUGAAUGGAAUCUCAUUGCCUUUGGCGGAGCACAUAGUGUCUCCUGAAAUUGAAGGCAAGGAGGAAUCAGUGACCCCCAAGAAGAGUCCCUGUGGCGAUGAUCUGGCCGCUGAGAAGCCCAUGCCCUUGGGUUGUGAUGGAAGGUGUGAGCAUCCCAGCACAGCGUCCACUCCCGUUUCUAAAGCACGCAGACGCAGCAUUGAGAGCACCAGUGGAGAUCUUGUCCAUCAGAAAGGCCCUGAAGACUUACUGCCUGAAUGUUCAUCCCCACCUUCUGGCAGGUCUAAAGUUAGGGGCACAUCACGGAGGAGAAGCGAUCGUACCACAGAUGACUCCAUUAGCCUUUCGCCAGCUACGCCACCGUCUGUCCUGAAGAGUUCAAGUUACAAACGAAUGUUGUCUAGCCCUCCAGCAACGUCACCCAGCAGUCGAAUGGCUGUAAAAAGAAAUCACAGAGGAGAGACUUUGCUCCACCUCGCCUCCAUUAAGGGGGACAUAGCAUCUGUGGAAUACCUCUUACAAAAUGGAAGUGACCCAAAUGUGAAAGACCAUGCCGGGUGGACACCAUUGCACGAGGCUUGCAACCACGGGCACCUGAAGGUGGUGGAGGUGUUACUUCAGCACAAGGCCUUGGUGAACACCACGGGCUAUCAGAAUGACUCGCCCCUGCACGAUGCGGUCAAAAAUGGCCACAUGGACAUAGUCAAGCUCUUACUUUCCUACGGAGCCUCCAGGAAUGCUGUUAACAUAUUUGGUCUGCGGCCUGUGGCUUAUGCAGACAGUGAAAAUAUGAAGUCACUGUUGCUGCUCCCAGAGAAGAAUGAAUCAUCAUCAGCUAGCCAUUGCUCUGUGGUAAACACUGGUCAGCGUAAGGAUAAGCCUCUUGUGCUCAUUGGAAGUGGCCUUUCCUCAGCACAGCAAAACCUGCUUGCUGAGCUUGCUACACUUCUUAAGGCUAAAAAAUGUGCUGAGUUUGACAGUACAGUAACUCAUGUCAUUGUUCCUGAUGACACUGUUCAGAGUACACUGAAAUGCAUGCUUGGGAUUCUUAAUGGAUGCUGGAUCCUGAAAUUUGAAUGGGUGAAUGCAUGUCUCCAAAGAAAACUAUGUGAGCAGGAAGAAAAGUAUGAAAUCCCGGAAGGGCCUCAGAGAAGCAGACUCAACAGAGAACAGCUGUUGCCAAAGCUGUUUGAUGGGUGUUACUUCUACUUCGGGGGCCCUUUCAGGCACCACCCGAAGGACGACCUCAUGAAGCUCGUCACUGCGGCCGGAGGCCAGAUCCUCCUGCGUAAGCCCAAGCCAGACAGCGAUGUGACGCAGACCAUCAACACAGUGGCCUACCACGCCCGGCCGGAUUCCGACCAGCGCUUCUGCACACAGUACAUCAUCUAUGAGGAUGUUUCUAAUUACCGCCCCGAGAGGGUUCGCCAGGGCAAAGUCUGGAUGGCUCCUUCCAGCUGGUUCAUCGGCUGCGUCAUGUCCUUUGAAUUGCUCCCUCUUGACAGCUAA